AUGGCUAUCAUCAAAAAGGCAACCAAUAACAAGUUGAAAUCAUGGCGGGGUCCAGAAACAGAUGCCCAGUUCAAAUUCAAUGGUAUCAAAAAAAUUUCAACUCUUACGGGGAGAAUGAAUUGUGCACUGGCCACAUACGGAGGUAUUGCUUUGAUAGUCUUAUACUUUAUGCUAAGGUGUAAAAAAACUCCAUCUGUGAAAGCAACAUAAACGGAUUCUAAGCUGUACCUCAUCUGUUAAGUUCCCAUGCCUGAA